UAUCUAUGACAUGAUUGAUGAUUGAUGAUUGAGAUGAGAUACCCUGCAUUUGUAUAUACCCCCCUCCCCCCCACAUAACAUUGGAUACACGGCAUUGAUAGUGCCAUUCUCCUUCUUAACAGAUGCAGGCAGUGCGUGUAGGAAAAGACAUGCGGAUCUGCUCGAUAAUCAACCGCGGUCUCGGCCUGCCACGUGACCGGGCCUCGACGGGGCAAACUCGCAAAUCGGGAUUUCGGACGCAAAUUUUCGGGCCUCACAAGUCGUUCAUUUCCUCCUUUUGCGGUUUCUCGUCAGUCUUUCGCUUACAGAUCAUUGCUUGCCCUUCUUUCGUCCUCUUGGUCGUCUCCACCAGUUGCCCCUCUUUGCUGCCAUUAAAACCCUCCCCUCCUCCCCUCCGUCUGUCUCUCGAGACCUGUCUUCCGAUUCUUUUUGCCUUGGAAAUAAAAACCGCCAAUCUGUUUUCCUCAGCCUUCCGUCGCUUUCCCUUCUUCUCCUCUUUAAGAUCCUCCCUCGCCUUGACCGCUGCCGCUGCGUCCCCCCUUCACCAGAACUCUCCCUCCUCUGCCUCGGCCUUAUCAACCCCGUUCUCGACGCCCCUGCGCGUCAAUUCUACAUCCAGGAUGGUACACAGCAAAGUAGUUAUCAUUGGCUCCGGCCCCGCCGCUCAUACCGCCGCUAUAUACCUCUCGCGAGCAGAACUCCAACCUGUCCUCUAUGAGGGUAUGCUUGCCAAUGGUACUGCUGCCGGUGGCCAGCUCACCACCACUACCGAUAUCGAAAACUUCCCUGGUUUCCCCGACGGCAUUGGUGGAUCAGAGCUGAUGGACAAUAUGCGCAAACAAUCCAUCCGGUUUGGAACCGAGGUGAUCACCGAGACCAUCUCCAGGUUGGACCUGUCGCAGCGUCCCUUCAAGCUGUGGACUGAGUGGAACGAUGGCCCUGAGAACGAGCCUGCCCGCACUGCCGAUGCUGUUAUCAUCGCUACUGGCGCCAACGCUCGUCGCCUUGACCUUCCCGGUGAGGAGACCUACUGGCAGAACGGAAUCAGUGCCUGCGCUGUCUGUGACGGUGCUGUGCCCAUUUUCCGCAACAAGCCCCUGUUCGUGAUCGGUGGUGGUGACUCCGCUGCCGAGGAGGCCAUGUUCCUGGCCAAGUAUGGUAGCGGCGUCACUGUCCUUGUCCGUCGCGACAAGCUCCGUGCCAGCAAGGCCAUGGCCAACCGUCUCCUCUCCCACCCCAAGGUCAAGGUCCGCUUCAACUCUGUUGCUACCGAGGUUCUCGGAGAGAACAAGCCUAAUGGCCUGAUGACCCACCUCCGUGUGAAGGACACCGUCACCGGUGCCGAGGAGGUUGUUGAGGCCAACGGUCUCUUCUACGCUGUGGGCCACGACCCUGCCAAUAACCUGGUGAAGGGCCAGAUCGAGCUCGACGAGGAUGGCUACAUUAAGACCAAACCCGGCAGCACCAUUACCAGCCUCGAGGGAGUUUUCGCUUGCGGUGAUGUGCAAGACAAGCGCUACCGCCAGGCCAUUACCAGUGCUGGAUCUGGCUGCAUGGCUGCUCUGGAUGCAGAAAAGUUCAUCUCCGAGGGCGAAUCCCACGAGGAGCCUGCCGCUGCCAACCCUGUUCUUUAAAUAUCGAAACGAGCCGCCUUGAAUUUCACCCUUUCCUCCUAACCACUACUACUCAUCAUGCACAUUUUAGCCCUCCAAUCAAACUUUUGCUCUGGGAUAGAAAAAAAACCCAAAACAGAACAGAACAAAACACCCCCUCCCUUUCAUCUCCUAUCAACAUAUACCUACCUGGACUCUUUUCAUGUCAUGUCAUGUCAUAUCAUUUCUUCCUUCCUCCCUUUUCCCUUAUUUCAUUUCCUCAUUUGGCAUGUCCCUGGGAUGUUUUGUUUUCUUCUGUUCAUACUAUUAUCUACUAGACUUCAGCGCCUUUUUUUUUUUUUUUUCUUUUUUUUUUUUCUUCUAAACUACUGCACUGUCAAUUGAGUGGUGGUCUCUGAUUACUUUUUUUCUUUUUUGACGAUCUCGCAGUAAUAAC